GAGCCACCAACAUCCGGGUAUUUAUAUCUCGGCGCCAUGCUCUAUGUUACAUAUCCACUAGCUAGCAGACGGUUUUACUUCGCAGUACACAGAAAGAUUAAUAUUUAAUUGAUUAGAAAACGGCAUUCAGGAUCAUGUCUUCAAAGACCACGGAUAAUACCCAGGACGUUUGUCCUCUCUGUAACGAAGAGAUCAAGUAUUUUGCGAUUGGAAAAUGUAAUCAUCCUGUGUGUUUCAAAUGUGCUACCCGAAUGAGGGUCUUGUGCCAGCAGAACUAUUGCGCUAUUUGUCGAGCUGAAUUACAAAAGAUGAUCUACUCUUCGAAGCCACAUCGUUAUGAUAGCUUUAUCUUACAUCAGCUCACUGCUGCCAGAAAAUACAAUAUUUACUUCGAAACCAGGGCUAUUCAAAAUACCUUCUAUGAAAUACAAGAACACAAAUGUCCAAUAUGUAAAGACAGAAAACCUGACAGAACGUUUCAGCAAAUGAGAGAUCAUAUGAGGAGAGAUCAUGGAAGGCAGUAUUGUGAUUUAUGUGUCAAUCAUCUAACGAUAUUUUCAUCAGAGAGGAAACACUAUGACAGAAAAGAUCUGGCUACUCACCGCAGACUUGGGGAUGUUGAUGACAAGUCAUACAAAGGCCACCCAAACUGUGAAUUCUGUGAUGUGCGUUACUUUGAUAAUGAUGAACUACUGAAGCAUCUUAGGAAAGAUCACUAUUUCUGUCAUUUUUGUGAUACAGAUGGACUACAAGACUAUUUUGAAAACUACAAGGAUCUUCAAGAUCACUUUAGGGGACAGCACUAUCUUUGUGAAGAGGAUGAAUGCAGGGGCGUUCAAUUCACCAAUGCAUUUAGAAGUGACAUAGAUCUGAGAGCCCAUAAGGCCACUGAACACACUAAAGCAAUGAAAAAAGCUCAGGCUAGGCAAGCUAGAACCUUGGACAUAGAAUUCAAUUAUGCACCAAGAGAAAGUCACAGAGGCAGAGGAAGAGGUGUUAUAAGCAGAGAAGACUACCAAGAAGUCAUAAAUAAUGCAGAAAAGCAAUUAAAACAGGCACAGAAUAGGGGACAUGGGAAAGGGAGGAUGGAUACUGAACUGGAAGCAGGUAUACAAGCAUCCAUGGCAGACAUGGAAAAGAAGGCAAAGUCGCGCAAAAGUAAGAGAGAUUCUGAAGAAGCUGGAACACAGUUUAAGCGUACUUCAGCUGACUUCCCAUCCUUGAGAGAUGAAGACACUGCGACUAAUAGUGAGACAGACUCCCAAGCACCUGUUCAGUCAAAAACUAGUUCAAUGGCACAGAGGUUUGCAAUGGCUAAUAACUUCUCAGUUGCUGAAGGUGGAUUGACUCAAGAGGAAUUUCCAUCUCUUGGAGGCAGCAGUAAGAGCAAUAGUACUAUAAGGAAAGUACCUGUUAAAAAUCAACAGGCUUGGAUUAAUACAAAGGCAUCUUUAGAAGAAGAUUUUCCUGCUUUAGGUCCAGGAGAUGGGGCACCGUCUAUCACAAAACAAAUGUCCAAGGUGAAACAGAGACCUAGUAAUGCACCCACUGUGAUAGGAAAUAUUGCUUUGAAGAACACUCAGUUAAAAAGUAGUCUGCCUCGUCCUUCAAGUUUAAAAGAAAUAUCCUCAUUGGUAGCCGAGGAAGAUUUUCCUUCACUGGGCAAAUCUGACCCCCAGAUUGUACUCAAUACUAAGUGGGUGAAACCAGUAAAAGAAGCAGAGAAAGAAGAUGAGGUUCCUUUCAUGAAAGUAUCCACCAAAAAGAAGAAAAAGAAAAAUAAAGCUGCAGGCACAGAUUGUCAGAAAACAUCUGAGGAACAGAAAAGUCACGGAAAAACUGAAUAUACUGAGAGUUCUAGUUCUAGUUUAGAAAACAAGGAGCCUCUGGAAAAGAAAAAGAAGUCUUCCAAAAAAGAAAAUAAAAAGGAAGAAAAUGAUGCUGCAAAAGAAGAAUCUGGCUUUGAUCUAUACAACUUGCCCUUCAAAAAGCCUUCACCACCACCACCACCAGAGGAAAAGCCACUUAUAGUAUACAAGUCUGUUUCAAAGAAUCCACCACAGCCACAGAUUCAACGAAAUUUAGAUGCUGACUUUCCUAGUUUAUUGAGCACUGUCCAACAGCCAAGUAAACCACCACCUGGGUUUAGUAAGGGCGAUAGCUGUGCCACUAACUUCAGCAGGCCUCCCCCAGGAUUUAAUAAAACAGUUGCCAAUCCCCCACCUGGCUUCACAAGCCCACAAGUACCCAAACCACCACCUGGCUUCUCAAACCCACUGAACAGUGUGGAAAAUAUUUCGAAACAAGAUAAGGUGACAUUGUCUUACAUACAGCCUGCUGAUUUCAAGCAAAGAAAUCAGAAGUUGAUGAAAUUAAUUUUAGACGGCCUCCAGGAUGAAGUUAAGUUUGGGAAGUUUAAAGGGUGGUCUGGUGAAUUUAGGAAAGGUUUACUGCAAGCAGGAGAAUACUACAGACAUUGCCAAGAUCUGUUUGGGGAGAAACAAUUUGACACAAUUUUCCCAGAACUAGUCACUUUACUGCCAGACGUAUCUAAACAGAAUGAGCUACUAGAAGUCUACAAUACUGCAGUUGAUAAGAAAAAGAGUGAUGUGCUUCAGAUUCGUGCCAAGAAAAAAGGGUGGGCCUCUGGAAAUGCGGUGCUUUUUACUCCUUGCCAUAUAUGUAAUCAGGUUCUCUUAAAGGAAGACUCUGAAAUGCAUUUGGCAGCUCACGGUUUACAUACAGACUUUCCAUCUUUAGGUGGGAUAGCAGCUUCAUUGUCUAGUGCAAAAAAGUGAUUAUCUGCUAGUAAAUAUGGUUUCUAACUGACAUAAUAUUAUUUGUAUUUACAUGGUGUGAUAGUAUUGUACUUAAAAUCAAGUUCCUGGAAGGUAAUUAUUCAAAUAAUGAACUUUACAAUUGAAUCAGAUUGUAAUAUCAUCAGUUUUUACAGUUGAUUUGGAAUAUCUUAGAUUUAAACUUUUUGUUUUGCUUAUCUCUUAAGUAGUAUGAACAUAAAUUUACAUAAAUAUAACUUGUCUUUUAUAGUUAUGAUUAAGCAAAGGUAAAGUCAUUAUUACUUACUGGGUAUGUGGCAUUUGCUUUCAAAUUUACAGGACUUUUUAUAAGGGUGAACUUUUGGCUUACUCUCCAGCAGUUGUAUUGAGUACACCUGUUACUUACAGAACUACUAGUAAAGCAGUGAAUGAAUUAUUUAUCAGCAGUGAUCUUGUAUACUGCAAUUAAGGAUAUCAUUACAAUAAAGGUUGGUGUUACAA